AUGCCAAAAUUCGCCACCUGCGGCGUGCUUUCCGAGGGCGAGAACAACCUUGUCCAGCCCUCCGCGCCGACUCCGUCUGUCGCGCCCGCCGAGCAGUCGGAUGUUCCGGCUUUCAUUCCAACCCGAAAGGUCCGCGAACAACCUGGUGGUGGGAGCUCCCAGAUCGCCUCUUUACUCGGAGGCGAUCGUCAGAGCGAUGCCAUGAACUGGGUCCCCCCGCCGAUCGCCCAGCAAGCCUCAGCCUCCAGCGAACCGGCCCCCACGCCGGCCCAGCAGCAGCAGGCACCCGUCGCCGCGCCCGAGGAUGACGGGCCGUACGUCAUGAUGCCCGACGGCUCGCGCUUCGUGCCUUCCAGGAAAGUCAGAGAGCCCGUCGGCGGCCAUUCCAGCAUGGCCGACAUCCUCUCCGGAGGAAGGUGA